AUCCCAGCACGGUGACGCUGUCCUGGCCCCCCGUAUUUCCAGCAGCCAGAAGGCUCCGCCGGACUGCUGGCUCCUCCAGUCGCUCCCUCGCUCCUUCCCCGCCUCCUGCGUGAACGCGCAUUAACCCUCAGCUUCCCCGGCCAAGUGCUUUCCCCUCGUUUCCUCGUUUCGUUCUUUUUUUAAGGGGUGCGGGGAGGAGGAAACCGCGGUGGGAGGCGACGCCAACCAGCGCAUUUUUAAAUGCCCUGGCGCUGGCGGGUGGCUGCGUUUUUGCGAAGCGAGCCGGAGUGAGGGUGGGCAGCGGGAGGAGCGAAGCGAUGGAGCCUGGCCCGGGCUGCGGGGCAAGCGAGAAGCGCAGCCACCCGGCGGGCACCGCCAGGAGCCUGCUGCGGCCUUCGCCGCCGGGGGUCUAGCUGCGAGCAGUACGGGUGCCAUGCUGGGGCCCCAGGAGGGGGCUGUGCCGCGGCGGCGGCGGCAGCAGCAGCAGUCGCAGGUGUCCGCCGCCCAGGAGAGCCCUCGCGACCCCGAUCGCCAGCAGCGCUGGGCCAGCCUCUUCGAGCAGUUGGACACCAACAAGGAUGGGCGAGUGGACAUCAACGAGCUCCGCGAAGGCUUGGCCCGCAUGGGCAUGGACGCCGGCUCCCACGCCGAGCAGGAUAUCCUCCGCGAUGGCGAUACAGACCAAGAUGGUGAACUUAACUUUGAGGAAUUUGCCCGCUAUCUCCAAGAGCGUGAACGCAAACUGCUGCUGAUGUUUCAUAGCCUGGAUCGCAACCAUGAUGGCCAGAUCGACGUGUCUGAGAUCCAGCAAACCUUCCACAGCCUGGGCGUUUACAUAUCCUUGCAGCAAGCAGAGAAAAUAUUACACAGCAUAGACAAAGAUGGCACCAUGACUAUCGACUGGCAUGAGUGGCGAGACCACUUCAUCCUCAAUCCACUGGAGAACAUGGAAGAGAUUGUCCACUACUGGAAGCACUCAAUGGUCCUUGACAUUGGUGAGUGCCUCACUGUCCCAGAUGAGUUUUCCGAGAAAGAGAAGAAAACGGGGAUGUGGUGGAAGCAACUUAUUGCUGGAGCCAUGGCUGGUGCUGUCUCCAGGACUGGAACAGCCCCACUGGAUCGUCUGAAAGUUUUCAUGCAGGUCCAUGCCUCAAAGAGCAACAACAUGAAUGUCUUAGGAGGACUGCAGGGCAUGAUCCGUGAGGGAGGCAUCCGCUCGCUCUGGCGAGGCAAUGGCAUCAACGUCCUCAAGAUUGCACCCGAGUCUGCCAUCAAAUUCAUGGCCUAUGAGCAGAUCAAGCGGAUAAUUCGUGGGCAGCAGGAGACGCUGAGAGUGCAGGAGCGAUUCAUUGCUGGAUCAUUAGCUGGGGCCACAGCACAGACCCUAAUCUACCCCAUGGAGGUUCUGAAGACACGGCUGACCCUCCGCAAGACGGGCCAAUACUCAGGGGUGGCUGACUGUGCCAGGCAGGUCCUUCAGAAGGAAGGGAUCCGUGCCUUUUACAAGGGUUACCUGCCGAACAUGCUGGGCAUCAUCCCCUAUGCUGGCAUUGACUUGGCAGUCUAUGAGACACUGAAGAACACCUGGCUGCAGAAGUACAGCAAGGACACCGCUGACCCAGGUGUGCUGGUGCUCUUGGCUUGUGGCACUGUCUCCAGCACCUGUGGCCAGAUUGCCAGCUACCCCUUGGCUCUGGUGCGGACCCGGAUGCAGGCACAAGCAUCCAUCGAGGGUGCCCCACAGCUAAGCAUGCUGGGGCUGUUUCAGCACAUCCUGUCCCGGGAAGGCGUGCUGGGUCUCUACCGUGGCAUUGCCCCCAACUUCAUGAAAGUGAUUCCUGCUGUCAGCAUCAGCUACGUGGUGUAUGAGAACAUGAAACAGGCUCUGGGGGUGACGUCCAGAUGAACUGGAUAGCUGCCACUGCCGCCUCCCCUAGCUGCAUGGGGCCUUCCCGGGAAGAAGGGCUGCUCCUCUCGGCGAUGAUGGCACGCUCCGAAGGCAGUUGGUGGUGGGGACAGGUCUUCACUGCUCCAGGGCCCAGGCUGUGGUGAUGUGGAGGUCUGAAGGGUACUGGAACAGAUGGGCCCACACCUUCUUCAUGCUUGCAGGGAGAGUGCCCUCCCUCCCUCCCUCCCUCAGCAAGGCGUGCCGGCAAAAGUGAUCCCGCUCACCGACAGCCCUGCUUUCUCUGCAGAAGCCUGGGGCUGGGAAGUGCUGUGUGGCUUCAGAGGCAGAUUUCCUUGUCUCACCCAAGUUCCGGAGUCUUUGGAGUUGGCCUAACAAGACAGGCUUGCUUCUAAGCCCAGGCGCUUCCUUGGUAGCCUGUUGCUCUCUGCAUGUGUGUCUUUGUCUCCCCACAACCCUCCAACAAAGGACCAGGAAAAACCAGGGCAUGUCUUCCUGUCCUGCAUAUUACUGCCAGCCACAUCGUGGUUUGCUGGAAAACCAACCCAAUCAGUGUUGCCUGAUCUCAACCACAGCUAUCCCAUUAGAGGAGCAGAGACUUUGAGUCAUGCUCCUCUUCUGUCAAUCAGCAGAGUUCAACACUGGAGAUUAUGCAUUCAGGGACACUCCAUCACACUGGAGACAACAUAAAUCCCUGUUAAUUAUCAGCAGGAGUGACACUUGUGGUGACACUCAGCCACUGCUGUGGCACCUGGGAGUGGGUGGGCAAGUGGACUGAUUCCUACCUUCCCUCAGAUUGCCAGGAUGUCAUCCUGAUUCACAUUUGAUCGCCCUUCCACUUCCUGAUCCUGUUGUGGGACUGGAGCCCCGGGUGAUUGCAUUUCAGCUCAGCUCCACUCUACCUGCCCCUUUCCAUGGAAGGCAUCUGUAUAUUUUGCACAUAGACGGUUUUUAACUUAUGCUACUGGUCUACACUCUCUACCUAGACUUCUGCGGCUGAACUUGAACCCUCUUCCACCUUCCCAAUCACAAUUCCCUUCCCUUCUCCUUUGAGGGGGUGGAGAAUGCAGAAGGACAUUGCAAGGGCUACUGUUCUGUUGUCCUCUGAGUGCACUUUGACUGUCUGCAGUCCUGGAUUUCCCUGGUGCACCCAUUUCUGCUCACUAUGAGAUAUUUGCACUGGAUACACUGGCUGUGCUGCUUAAGAAAUGCCACCCCUGAAGCCCUUGCAGCCAGGUACCCUUGCUUUCUUAGCUCUGCUUUGCGUCACUGCUGAAUUCAUUUGCAGGCCAUGAUGCGAUGGAGGUGGGUACUCAUUAUGCCUUAUUCUCCCAAGAGAUCCUGCUUUGAAAGCUGUAGAAGACAGAUUUCUCAGAUAGGCAUUCCUCCCCAUUCCACUGCCCUUUUAAAAAAGCAACCUGGUUUUCAAAAGUUACUUGCAAUGUCACUUCCUAGCAUGGACAGGCCUGGGGAUUUUAAUCUGUGUGAGGUAAUCAUGGGCAAGGCUCUGUGCAGGGUGCUGAAGGGAGCCCAUCCCCCUGAUCUUGUUCAUCAAUUAGCUCUGGCUUCUGAGAUUUCCCCCAACCAAUGCCCCCAAGGGAGGUCCCAUGCUUUGCAACACAAGUUGGCAAGCAUCAGGGCUAGAGACCUACUUGGUGCAUUGAACAGUCACAUAGUGAACGUUAUCCAGUGAACGUCCUCGUGCGUCUGCAAAAUGUGCCUGACCAAAGUGCAACCACAAGAGGGCAGUGCAGCACCUCCAGCAUCGGUUGACCUUGACUGACCUGUACUUCCCCAAGUGUGGUUUUCUGGGGUACAGGUGGUGCUGAAGGUUGGGAUGUGUACCUCUUCUACAUUAAAACUGGAGGCAUGCUUCAUUCUUAGGCUUCCAAAGUUAUGUCUCCAUCUUCAGCUUCUUCCUUCAGACUGCGAAAUACCUCUGUGCUAGUUGUUUCCUGCCCUCUUUUUUGCCUCACCAGCGUGACCUCAAGGAUCGGAUUUGUGAUUUCUGGGCAUUAGCAAUGCCCCAGGAUUUCCCCAAAUCUGUCAGCUGUGAUGUUGACCUGUAUCAGGGAAUUAUAUUUCUGUCACCACUGAUAUCCCCAUAAUGUUGGCAGAGAAUACAAGCAGAGAUACAAUCAGUAAUGUGCAUGGGCCUCCCCAACUUUAAGGCGUGAUACAGAAGUGCAGUCUUUCCCAAUCUGGUGCCCUGUGUGAUGGCCAGUGCUGGCUGGGCGAUGAUAGAAGUUGGAGGGUGCUGGAUGGAGAUUGCUGGGGUCGCAGAGUGACUUAACUUUUCAAAGGGGUGAGCUUCAGCCCUCUUGGGACAGUGACUGGGUUCAGACAACACAAUAACCCAGUAAGAGUAGCUGUUGAAUUGUGUUCUUGCUGAAAAGUGGACUAAUGCAGCCAUGCUAACAAGUACUGGCGUGUCAACCACACACAGCCCAUAAAGAAAACACAUGAUUUCUUACUGGGUUGUGAGCUGUGGAGUGCUUGUGGCUAGCUAGAACAGCUGGGAUCAGACAACACGAUAACCCACAUUUCAAUAAGCAACCAACACUCAACCCUAGAGUGUUGUUUGAGCCUAUCCACAGUUUGGGAGCCACAGCCCUGUGAGUAAGGGGCCAUAAGGUAAGGCGGUUGAACCUCAGACCUGUGGGCCAACCCACCCUGCCUAGGGCCCCACUGCAAUGCUCCAAAUAGCUACACCCCUUUAAGGCAUGGAGUGAGAAUGAGGCUGAGUGAACAUACCCACCCACCUGCAUUUCCAGUCCCAGGUGGGACCUCCAGGUGUGCUGCAGAGAAGGUGGAGAAAAGCAGGGAAAGAUGUACAAAAGGACUUGAGGGGAGACAAACGGGGAGGGGGGGGGAGAGCCACUGCUGCCUCCUUACCCCACUCAGCCUUGUAUUUAAAGUUGCAGGGCAGGGGGAAUCUCUGGAUUGCAGCUUGGCAACCUGAAGGAGAAGGCACAUUUGUAGGUGACCUAAAGCAGUUGUGGGCAUGGGACAGGGCAUCAGGAUGUGGAGGCAGGAGGGGCUUGAACACAAGGUCUUCAAAUCCCUGUGAAACGGCAUAAGAUGCAGUGAUGGCCACCAACUUGUACAGCUUUCAAAGAUUAGGCAACUUCAUGGAGAUAAGGCUACCAAGGGCCACUUGUGAUUGUGUGUAGCUACCCCGUCCAUUAUGUCUCUGAGUGCUAGUUGCUGGAAAACAUGAGAGGGAGGUUGCCCUUGUGCUACUGUCCCAGUUGUGGGCUUCCUACUGGGGCGUCCAAUUGGCUCCUCUGGGAACAAAAUGCCUUUGAACAGUAUAUAGGCCUCUGCUCUGAUCUAGCGCAGCUCUUCUUAUGUGCUUCAAGCUGUGAAGGAGCCUUCCCAAGACUUCUGCCCUCCUAAUGCAUUGGACUUCCAAUUGGCCUAGCCCCAGUCAGCAUAGCCAAUGGUCAGGCGUGCUGCAAGUUGUAAUCCAAAAUGUCUGAACGGUACCAGGUUGGGGAAAGCUGCGGCAAAGCAUAUAAUCCGGCCAAGGCUUGGAGCUUCUGGCCAGGGAGCUCUUCUGACCUGGGAAAGACACCUAGACUGCAAAGGUCAGGUAGCGUCUCUGGCCUCAAAUUGCCCACCAAGAAACCAGGUGGGAAACAAGUGUGGGGUCUAGAUUCUCAUAGAAUGCCUUGCUUUUGGGAAUUAAACAAACUGAGAAAUCAUGUUCACAUCCACUGCAUUCAUCCUGCACUCCUCUUUUAUUUCUAACUCUUGCCUGAGUCUAACGCCAGUAAGGCUAUUUCUGUACAUUUGCUGCUGCUGCUACUGCUACUGCAUUUUGUGUUGGUAUUUCAAAGGGAAAACGAAACACAAGCUAAUAAAUUUUCUAAAGUUUC